CAGGCUGAUAGCAGAGCAAUCACCACCAAGUCUGUAAUAGCUGCAAAGGCUCAGCUGUAGGCUGCCUGAGGAGCCAGGGAGUAAGGAUGGAGAAAGGAAUGGAUGUGCUCCAUGACUUUGGAAUCCAGUCAACGCACUACCUCCAGGUGAAUUACCAGGACUCUCAGGAUUGGUUCAUCUUGGUGUCCGUGAUUGCAGACCUCAGGAAUGCCUUCUAUGUCCUCUUUCCCAUCUGGUUCCAUCUGCGUGAAGCUGUGGGCAUCAAACUUCUCUGGGUAGCUGUGAUUGGAGACUGGCUCAACCUCGUCUUUAAGUGGAUUCUGUUUGGACAGCGUCCAUACUGGUGGGUCAUGGACACCGACUACUAUAGCAACACCUCUGUGCCACUGAUAAAGCAAUUUCCAGUUACCUGUGAAACUGGACCAGGGAGUCCCUCUGGUCAUGCCAUGGGUACAGCAGGUGUAUACUACGUGAUGGUCACAUCCACCCUUUCUAUCUUUCGGGGGAGAAAAAGGCCAACCUACAGAUUUCGGUGCUUGAAUAUCCUUCUGUGGUUGGGAUUCUGGGCCGUGCAGCUGAACGUCUGUCUGUCCCGAAUCUACCUUGCUGCUCAUUUCCCCCAUCAGGUUGUUGCUGGAGUCCUGUCAGGCAUUGCUGUUGCUGAAACUUUCCGCCACAUCCAGAGCAUCUACAAUGCCAGCCUCAAGAAAUAUUUUCUCAUUACUUUCUUCCUGUUCAGUUUUGCCAUUGGAUUUUACCUGCUGCUCAAGGGGCUGGGUGUGGACCUCCUGUGGACACUGGAAAAAGCCAGGAGAUGGUGUGAGCGGCCGGAAUGGGUUCACAUUGACACCACACCCUUUGCCAGCCUUCUCAAGAACGUGGGGACCCUCUUUGGCCUGGGGGUGGCUCUCAACUCCAGCAUGUACAGGGAAAGCUGCAAGGGCAAGCUUAGCAAGUGGUUCCCAUUCCGCCUCAGCUGCAUUGUGGUCUCUCUCAUCCUCCUGCACCUCUUCGACUCUUUGAAACCCCCAUCCCAAACUGAGCUGAUCUUCUACACCUUGUCCUUCUGCAAGAGUGCAGCAGUGCCCCUGGCAUCUGUCAGCCUCAUCCCCUACUGCCUUGCCCGGGUCCUCGACCAGCCGGACAAGAAGUCUUUGUAAGGCAUGUGGAGUCUUCAGUAUUCAAGCCAAUGACUGUGCCAACCAUCGAGGUGGCUAGGGUCUUGUGCCAGCCCAUUUUGAGGCCAGAGGUGCUAGAGUCAGCUCAGGUAACCCCUUCCUCCUUUGCAAUUCUAAUUGUAUUGGGUGGGGUGUUUGUUUUUUUGUUUUUUGUUUUUUGUUUUUUUGUUUUUUGUUUUUGUUUUUGUUUUUUUUUUAAAGCUAGUAAGGCUAGUUGAGAAAGCCUUAUCUGUUAGUUGGGGUGUUCUGGAUUUUUUUUUUCCCCUGAAGACUUACUUGCUCUUCUUUUAGAUACACAAAAGCAAGGCUUCCAGGUAGGGCCAGCUCACAAUCCCAGACUGGGGAUCUCAGCUCAGGAUUUUCUACCUGUCCCCAUCCUUACAAGAAAAGGGAAAGGAGCAGUGGAUUUGAUAGAGAAAGAAGAAUGGAUUAAGAAACACUUCUUUGUAUCCUGCAUAUCAUGCAAAUUAUGUUACACAAAAUCUAAAUCACUUUGAUUAUAUUUGAAUUUUUAGGUAAGGGACUCUCAAUAGUGGGGGACCAACUUAAAGCAUAACUAAUAGGUAGUUAAUGAGGUAAUUCUGCUUCUUCUAUGUUUCUACUAUAUAUCCAUGGUCUUUGCAUUUACCAGGAUUUCUGAAUGGCUGCAAUGACCUAGAUUUGUGCUGGGUCAGAGCAUUCAGAUAUAGUCAGCUUCUCUAUCACACUACAUCUUCCUCCUUGUCAGCCUAGCUCUGCUUUCCCUAGAACUUUCCACUGGCUCUACAUCCUGCUGGACACAGAGAUGCCUAAAGGCAGCUCUAGGGUAGUGCUUUUGUAUGGUUUAGUCAAGCUCUGAAAUCUUGGGCAAAAAGGUGAGGAGAGGGCAAGGAGGGGAAAGGAUUCCUCUCUCCAGAAGGUCACUCCAAUGUUACUUUUGAUUCCUAGAGGGUAAAUAUGACUCCUUUCUCUAUCCCAAGCCAACCAAGAGUGCUCUUGGAGGAAAAGCCAGCUCUUCCUUGCCUGUUGUCAAGUCUCAGCUGAUUUGCAGAAUAUGUCUUUUAAAAAUGUUUAAGCUUAUUUAUUUGAGAGUCCUUGUUUUUGCUACUAAUUAUAUAGUUCACCAUAUAUUACCAUUCACACCAACCAUCGUGGUCAUAACAUCUUUGAAAAGAAAAAUAUAUAUGUGCAGUAUUUUAUUAAAACAACAUUUUAUUUAAGAAUGAAGUCUUGCUGAUUACUGUAUUUUAGAUGCAAUGCGAUCUGAAGGUUCUAAUUCUGGCCCAGCUAAAUUUCUAGCUCUUUUUCUAUUUCCCUAAACAAAUAAUUUAGUCUCUGUGUACCUAUGUUUUCCCUUUGGAGAAAGAAGUCUUGGGCUGGCCAGGAGUACCAGUGGAGCUGGGGGACCCACAGAGUGUCCACAGGGGCACAAGUAGAGUUGAGUGCAUCAACACAGGCACAAUAUCAUUGGCCAAGGUUGAACAUUAGUUACCAGACCACAGGUUGGUAUGAGUUGCUCUAAGGGAUCAAGCUACAACUUAAAGGCAAACAGUCAGGGUUAUUACCAAAGUAAGCAAUCAGGGAAUGUAAGUCAUAGCAGCAGAAAAAGACUGGGUAGACUCUGGAAUCCAGGAACCCGGCAUCAGCAAGGUUUGAGGUUAUGGUUAAAGAAAGUCUCAACAGAGCAAGUCAUAGCAGCAAGGAAUGCUCACGGGAGUUAUUGAAGUUUUCUCCCCAAAUGAUCUAUUUUAUUCUGGGUGCUGGGCACCACCCCCAAAGGCCUGGACACAUCAGCCUAACCCUGCAUCUACUGAGGAUGAAAUCUGCUCACUCACUUCGGAACUUUGGAAUGUGUAUAUUCAGGAAAAUUGAGUCUUCCUACUGGAUUUGUUUUCUUCAGGGGGCACAAGGCCCCUCAGAGACCUUAAUGGUCUUACCAGUGGAGAAGGGACAUGAUCUUGUUCUUUCUAAACUGAACUCGUUGCUCAGACCUGGCCCCCAUCCUUGAUGAUUUAUCAGGGAGCAAGUCCAGGUUCCUUGCAAUAGGAUUCUGGCAGAAAGUGAAUACUGCCCCUGUCCCCAGCAGUUGGUGAGGUUGAUAAGGACACAUAAUAGAUAAAAUUACCGAGUACUUAUGUGCCAGGCUCUGUUCUAUGCAUUUUAUUUGUUUCUACAAUUAAUUCACUUAAUUCUCCCAACAUCUCUGUGAGGUGGGGGCUAUAGCUUAUCCACACAUCACAUAUAAAUAAAAACAGAGAGGGUGGGUAUCCUGCCCAGGAUGGUGAAGUCAGUUUGACACCAAAGCAGUCUGACUCCAGAGUCCACACUCCACCCUGUAGCCCCCUCACACCAAUGGGCGCCAAUAAGACUGGUGGGUAUUUCUGGCUGGCUCAAUCAGUGGAGCCUGUGACUCUUGAUCUCAGCGUCCUGAGUUCAAGCCCCACAUUGGAUGCAAAGCUUACUUAAAAUUAAUAAAUAUUAAGAAAAAAAAAAAGACCGGCAGCUGUUUCAAACCAUUCUUCAGAUGCCAGAUACAACUUUGAAUUCAGCCCAGGAAGAAUUUGUUUUCUUGUGGUCAAAGGAAUUAUAAAACUUAGAAUGAUCCUCCCAGUGAGCUAGUGUUAGUUUCUAAGUAUGAAGAUGCCAUAUUUCAAAGGCAACUUUACAAAAUAACUUAGAAGAGGCAUAACCAUAUUAAACUUUAGAUUUUUUCUUUCUUUCAAAAAAAGAGUCUAAAAGUCAUGCUCAGACUAUCUGGUCAGACAGGAAGCAGCUUACUGUUUCUACAAUUGAGAUAAAACAAAAGGGCAGAAAUACCACAAAGAACUUUCAGUAUGGAUCCAUGUACAGAGGCGUAGAAAAUGAAGAGAGGGAUCCCUGGGUGGCGCAGCGGUUUGGCGCCUGCCUUUGGCCCACGGCACGAUCCUGGAGACCCGGGAUCGAAUCCCACGUCGGGCUCCCGGUGCAUGGAGCCUGCUUCUCCCUCUGCCUGUGUCUCUGCCUCUCUCUCUCUCUCUCUCUGUGACUAUCAUAAAUAAAUUUAAAAAAUUAAAAAAAAAGAAAAUGAAGAGACUUACAUGAAGAUUGCUUAAGUCAGGGAAUCCACAAAGACAGGACUGCUACCUUUCCUUGGGAUUGCUAUCUGUUUCCUCGAGAAACAGACAAUGCUAAAUAAAGGCUUAGAAUCUGUGAUGGGAAAAGCUGAGCAGAAAGAGUGUCAGCUCAUGAUCAAUUCGUAGUAGCCAGUAGCCAGUGUGUCAGCACAUUCUGAUUGCUGACCUGUUGCCCAAAUUACAGAGGUGUGUUUGCUUUAGAAAUGACUUAUGAGUCCUCAGGAUGGAAGCAAAUGUAAGUGACCUAUGACAGUUUUAAACCAAAAGCCAUGUCAUGUUAUAGCACAAUUUGAUUGUUCUAGCAGUCUAUCAGUUUUGAGGUGGUACACUUGGGGAUCACACACACACACACACACUAUACAAUUGUGCUAUUGCCCUAGGAAAAUAAACCCAUUAAGAAAAUACAGCUUCGGGAUCCCUGGGUGGCUCAGCCGUUUGGCGCUACCUUAGGCCCAGGGUGUGAUCCUGGAUUCCUGGGAUUGAGUCCCACAUAGGGCUCCCUCCGUGGAGCCUGUUUCCUCCUCUGCCUGAGUCUCAGCCUCUCUCUCUCUCUCUCUCUCUCUCUGUCUCUUAUGAAUAAAUAAAUAAAUAAAAUCUUUAAAAAAAAAAGAAAAUAUAGCUUCUGCUGCCAGAGUCUAUGAAUUACUCACUAUCAUUUUUAAAUUUCCACUCUGAUUUCCUCUUCUGGGAACACGCACCACAUCGAGUCAGCUGCUACACCACAGAUACACUGAGAGGUUUUGUUUUUAACAAUAUUUAUAAUAGCUUUUUAAAAAAUUUAUAACAACUUUCUUGAGAUAUAAUUCACACAUCAUACAAAUCACCCAUUUAAAGUGUGCAAUUUGGGGCACCUGGGUGGUUCAGUUGAUUAAGCAUCUGCCUUUGGGCUCAGGUCAUGAUCCUAGGAUACUGGGAUUGAGCCCUGAAUAGGGCUCCCUGUUUGCUGGGAAGUCUGCUUCUUACUCUCCCAGCCUCUCCCCCUGCUUGUGCUCUCUCUCCUGUUCUCUCUCUCUCAUGAAUAAAUAAAAUCUCUUAAAAAUAAAUAAAGUACACAAUUCAGUGGAUUUUAGCAUAUUCAGAGAAUUGUACUACCAUGACCACAAACCAAUUUUAGAACAUUUUUGGUUGGGUUCCUGGGUGGCUCAGUCAAUUAAGUGUCUGCCUUUGGCUCAGGUCACAAUCCCAGGCUCCCUAAUCCCGCUCAGCGAGAAGCCUUCCUCUCCCUCUCCCUCUGCCACUCUCCCUUCUUACACUCUCCCUCUGUCAAAUAAAUAAAUAAAUAAAAUCUUAAAAAAAAAAAAGACAUCUUUGGUCACUCUAUAGGGAGAAACCCUGUACCCAUUAGAAGUCACUUCCACUUUACCCCCACCUCCCAGCCCUAGGCCACCACUGACCUACUUCUUGUUUCAUAGAUUUGCCUGUGGAUAUUUCAUACCAAUGGAAUCAUACAACAUGUGACCUCUUGCAACUGGUUUCUUUCCCUUAGCAUUUUUUCAAGGUCGAUUGCUGUUGUAACACAUAGUAGUACUACAUUUCUUUUGAUGGCCAAAUAACACUCCACUGUAUGGAUAUACUAAAUUUUGUUAAUGAUAUUUGGGUCGCUUCCACAUUUUGGCUCUUAUGAAUAAUACUGCUAUGGGGGCUCCUGGGUGGCUCAGUGGUUGAGCAUCUGCCUUUGACUUGUUCUGUCUAAACUGAACUCCUGAGAUCCUGGUCAUGAUCCUGGGGUCCUGGGACCAAGUCCUGCAUCAGGAUCCCCAAGGGAAGCCUG